AAUUUAGGUACAUAUUAAGGCAUAAUCCGAUCGAGCAUAAUAAUUUCCUCCAGUGUCCCGACGAUUCAUUCAUCCUUGUGUUCCUGGGGAACAUUCUUUAUGCUUUAUCUAUAGAUUCGUCCAAGACAAAAGCUAACUGGCUAGCUCAAGCUGUCAAUCUAACUGUCUGAGCCGUCAAAGGAGAUAAAGCUUGAAAAGUUUGUCAGCUUUUAUUGCCAAUACCCAGGUGUUGGGGGUUUGAUGUUUGAAACUAUCAGCCCAACCAAUUUUCUACUAUACUACCUACUACCUACAGCACUUAUUAUUGUUUUUACGAGACUCGCAGAUUUUAACCAAGACAUAAUCUGCAUAAACAAAUCAAAUCUCGGUUGAAAUACUUAUCAAAAUAAACCAGAUUUUUAUCAAAUCGUCAAAGUCGUCAACAAUGCCAUAUAUACCAGAAUUUAUUACUCGUUACUUUGCGAAGGAUGAACCAAAACCACCUCCAAUCAGCACUGAAACCGCUGUACUAUUACUUAUAAUUUACACGCUCAUCUAUGUGGUACCUUUCUACCUUUCACCUACAACUCGACCUUCAAGUACCCUAUCGCGGGAUGCUCCGACUGUCAUCCGCGCGCGUGUAGCGUCUGUCUCACUGACAUGUAUUGCUUGCUCUGCUAUUACCCUUGUGAUCUUAACGUCGCAAGGCCAGGCUACCUUCACCGAGGCCUUACAUGCACUUGGCUACUGGCCAGUCGGCCUAGUGGAAACAGGAAAAUGUCUUUUACUCACCGCUGUCCUCUUCGCCGGGCCAUUGUAUGAGUAUUUUGUGGUCGAUGAAGAAUGGAGAGAAUGGUUGGCCUUGAGACCCUUGUUUGCCUUGAAAGAGUGGACAACAUGGCGUAAUAUCGUAGCAGGACCUUUUACGGAAGAGGUGCUAUUUCGGUCAGCUUCGGUGCCGCUUAUGGUUGCGGCGCGAACACCAAUGACCACUACUAUUUUCUUGUCGCCGCUUGUUUUUGGGCUUGCGCAUUUACACCAUUUCUAUGAGUUCCGCAUAUCGCACCCACAUAUACGUGUAUCUUUCGCUGUCAUGCGUUCUGCUAUGCAGCUAACUUACACAACACUCUUCGGCGCUUAUACUACCUUCUUAUUCCUCCGCUCUGGUAGUGUAUUGGCCGUUUUUAUCGUACAUGCCUUUUGCAAUUGCUUAGGGCUACCACGAUUUUGGGGUCGUGUCUACCCUCCUGUCAUGAUAGAUGAUAAAGGAGAGAUGGUUCGUCCUUCUAUUAUGUGGACUGUGACUUACUACGUGCUAUUGUUCGCUGGUGCGAUCGGAUGGUACAGGAGUUUAUUCCUAUUGACUGAGAGCUCAAAUGCUUUAGUAAGUAUGACGAUAUGAUAAUGAAAAUCACGAGUUAUUGCUUUAUGAUGAUAUGGGAAUUUGUAUGUAUUUUACAGGAAAAAUUGAAGAUA